GAGAGAGAGAGAGAGAGAGAGAGAGAGAGAGAGAGAGCGCGCGCAGCAGCUGCCGACCGACCAGCCUCCUCUGCGGGACAACAAAGGAGGCGUCGGACUCACAUCACGACUCCUGUCAGCAGAACCCAACAUCUGAGAAGAAAUCCUGAAUAUUCCCUAAAUCUUUGUCUUCUUCACAUUUUGCCCAAAUUUGCCGUUUGACUGGACGAAAUGGAGGAACAUUUUGACGAGAGGGAAAAAGUUCAGCGCAACAGCCGCAGCAGCGCUCGAGCGAACGGGCUGAUGAGUCCCACUCACAGCGCCCACUGCAGCCUGUACCGGACGCGCACUCUCAAGACUAUCAGCUCGGAGAAGAAGGCGAAAAAAGUGCGUUUUUACCGCAAUGGUGACCGGUACUUCAACGGCAUCGUGUAUGCCAUCUCUUCGGACCGGAUUAGAACCUUUGACGCUUUGUUGGCCGACCUGACCCGCACUCUUUCUGACAAUGUCAACCUGCCUCAAGGGGUCCGAAUCAUCUACGCAAUUGAUGGAUCCAAGAAAAUCACCAGUAUAGACCAGCUGAUGGAAGGUGAGAGUUAUGUUUGUGGCUCCACCGAAGCCUUUAAGAAACUCGACUACACCAGCAAUGUCAACCCUAACUGGUCAGUGAAUGUGAGGGCCCUGGGCUCCAGCAAGUGCCCCACCUUUCUGGCCAGCUCCAAAUCAAGGCCGCAGUUCAAAGAGAGCAAGGACUUCAUCAGACCCAAACUGGUCACCGUCAUCCGCAGUGGAGUGAAGCCUCGGAAGGCAGUUCGCAUCCUGCUCAACAAGAAGACUGCCCACUCCUAUGAGCAAGUUCUUACUGACAUUACAGAUGCUAUAAAGCUCGACUCUGGGGUUGUCAAGAAGAUCUACACCCUUGAGGGAAAACAGGUUAUGUGCCUUCAAGAUUUUUUUGGCGAUGAGGACAUCUUCAUUGCAUGUGGCCCAGAGAAGUUCCGCUACCAGGAUGACUUCCUGUUGGAUGAGCAUGAGUGCAGAGUGGUAAAAUCAACCUCCCACGGGAAGAUGGGGUCUGGAAACAGAAGCUCUCCCAGAAGUGUUGCCCUUUCGCACCGCAGCAAGUCUCCAUCUGGACCAGUGAAUGGGACUCCAGCCAGUCAGCGGUCCACACCCCAUUCCGCAAAGUCACCCAGCCCGUCGCCCACCAGCCCAGGGAGCUUGAAGAAACACAAGGGAUCCCAGCACAGUGGUUCCUCUCUCUCGCUGACCUCUACCAAAGUCUGCAGUAUGGAUGAGGAGGAUGGGCCUGUGAGUGAUGCUGAGCCUGUGGAGGAUACACCGAUACCAACAGUUCCAAGCUCCAUUUCAGAUCAGUACAAAGUUGGUCGAAUGAUUGGAGACGGGAACUUUGCAGUAGUCCAUGAGUGUGUGGAGCUCUCCACUGGAAGAGCAUACGCUCUGAAGAUCAUCAACAAAGGCAAAUGCAGAGGGAAGGAACAUAUGAUACAGAAUGAGGUGGCUAUCCUAAGAAGAGUGAAACACCCAAACAUUGUGCUGUUAAUCGAGGAGAUGGACACCUACAGUGAGCUUUACUUGGUCAUGGAGCUUGUCAAGGGAGGAGAUCUAUUUGAUGCCAUCACCUCCACCAACAGAUACACUGAGCGAGAUGCCAGUGGCAUGCUGUACAACCUGGCUAACGCUAUCAAAUAUUUACACAGCCUUAACAUUGUCCAUCGAGACAUCAAGCCAGAGAACCUUUUGGUGUAUGAACAUCAGGAUGGAAGCAAAUCCCUGAAACUGGGUGACUUUGGCUUGGCCACCGUGGUAGACGGACCCCUGUACACUGUCUGUGGAACACCCACAUAUGUAGCACCAGAAAUUAUCGCAGAGACCGGGUAUGGCCUUAAGGUAGACAUCUGGGCUGCUGGAGUCAUCACAUAUAUUCUCCUUUGUGGAUUUCCUCCAUUUCGUGGCAGCGCUGAAGAUCAGGAAGCUCUGUUUGACCAGAUUCUGCUGGGUCAGUUAGAAUUCCAUCUUCCAUACUGGGACAAUGUAUCGGAUUCUGCCAAAGAGCUGAUAGUGUCUAUGCUGCAAGUGGAAGUGGAUCAGAGAUACACAGCACUGCAGGUCUUGGAUCAUCCCUGGGUCACUAAUGAUGGUCUGUCAGAAAAUGAGCACCAGCUGUCUGUGGCAGGAAAGAUAAAGAAGCACUUUAACACUGGACCCAAGCCCAGCAACAACACUCCAGGAAUGUCUGUAAUGACGCUCGACCAUGACUUUUCCAUCCAGAGAUCAGGGUCGCUGGAUUUCUAUCAGAAUCCGGGCAUGUUUUGGAUAAGACCACCACUCUUGAUAAGGAGAGGCAGGUUCUCCGACGAGGAUGCCACCAGAAUGUGAGUGCAGCUCCCUGGACUACCCAGCCAACCUGUAGCCUCCACAUCCCAGCCUUUACACCCCAUCUGUGCCCUGAUCUGCCACCCACUGGGCUUCCCACUCCAGCCCUUACCCCCGAUCCAUGCCCCUCCACCACUACCACCACGCCCGAGUCUGAAGACUUUUCUGCCUGCUCCACGGAGACUGUUCGCUCCCUCUACUCUCCUUUUUAGAAAGGAAAGGGGGCAAGUGCAUUAAAUAAGGAGAAGGUUUAUGAUGAUUUGGAAUGUGGCGGAGUGGACUGAUAAACUGAACCAUUUUGUAAUGGGAUCACAAAAAGGUGCAGGGAAAUGAUGACCGUAUGUCAAUAAGGGGGGUUCUUAUUUAUGGUCAUUAGAACUUUUUCAUUUAUUUAGACAUGGUGGAUACAUUUGAAUUUUUUUCUUCAUGUGAAAUAUUUUCUGUUUCUGUUGAAGCACUUUAGAAAUGUACUGUUUUCUGGGUCCAUAACUCUGCUGUACAAAGGCAAACUGCUGUAGCGACACCAACACAGAAACCGAAUAAUGCAAAUGAAAAAUGGUUUCACAGUUGUUAGAUUGUUCACUCUAACCCUAACCCUAAAAUAACCACAACUAAGCCUAACCCUAAUGUUCUCUUUAGAUCUGAGCCUAAUAUGUCACAGGACAGAUUCUGUUAAAAUAUACUUUGAUGCUGAUAAAGCACCAUAUACAUUUUUCUGGGUCCAGUAUUCUGCCAUACAAUGGCAAAACGCAGUAACUACAGCAAUACAUAAACUGUUGUUUUAUUAACCCUAAUUAUUCUACCUCACCUUCUUAAUUCCCAAGCCAAGUCCACACCUAAAUAGCAUGAGGAAAUGGGAAGGACAUCAGUUACACCAGAGACCAUGGUUUGGGGUUUGAUAUUUUAAAGCUGUUUUAGGUGAAAUGGUUAGGAAUGAUCAUGUUAAAUGAAGAUUGUAUAUAUAUAUAUAUAUAUAUAUAUAUAUAUAUAUAUAUAUAUAUUUUUUUUUUAUGAUUUUUUUGCCUUCAUCCAACCUAACUCUAACCCUACCCCUAAUCUAAUGCUAACUCUAACAUUUUCUCUGACUCUGAGCCAAACUUGUCUGUCACAGGACAUAUUAUAGGAUAAAAGACCCAUGUUUGGUUAUAACUUGAUUUUGACAAAAUGUGUAGUUAAUGCAUUUUGCCUUUGCACUGCAGGAUUGUUUUUAGGUUCCAGAAGGACACUGUAAGGACGCUUAACUAGUAAAUAGCUAAGUCAGCCCUGGUUAUUGGUAUCCUGUAUCCCUGACUAGUGUUCCCAAAACUUUUCUAAGCAGACUGAAAACACUUGACCCAGCAUACUGAUACCUCUUCAGAGAUAAACUUAUAUCUGGAAUAUCUUCCCUUUGUGGUCACAGUACUGGACACAGAACUCGUUCAUACAUGAGAUGGGGACCUUUUUUGUAAUCAGUGUAAAUAAUAUUAUUUCAAUUAUUUUGAUAUUGACAAUAUAUUUAUUUAUCUUAACUAGACAAUGUAACAGUCACAUUUAACCAUUCUAUUGUUUUUAUGUAUGUGGAGCAUAAGCACAAAUGCAUUGUGGGAAAGACAUAAGCAACAUUCCUUAAUACAGGGUCAGCACUUGGAAUACAAAUGCCAACUUGAAUUUCACAGUGAACAGUUCAGGAUGAUUUAUUCCAUUUCAUUAUUAAAGGUCAGUUCAGUUCAAAUGUUGGAGAUGUGGUAUUAGUUGCAGGAAGCCAAGAGUUGGUUUGAGUGUCUUCAGUAAAGUGCAGUUAAAGGUGUACUAGUACCUCAUAGCCCUGCUUACUGUGUCAUUGUAUUCUCUCAUUAGUGCAUGGAAUACAGAGUGUCUCUCAACACAUUAUAAUUUGAGAAAUUGUCUUAUUAAAAAAAACAUAUAUAUAUAUAUAUAUAUAUAUUACAACCUGCAUUUUUGUGGUAAUCCUUGACCAGUUUACCUAAGCAAUCUAUUACUUUUAAUUCCCUUUUUACAUUUCUCCUGGUCCAGAAUCUCUUGUGAUCAUCUGCCAACAUCACUCUCCACUAGGGGUAGUGGAUUACACAUUCUCCAGUUGGGAUUUAAUUCAGGGCAGACUUUAGCCAUGUUUAUUCCAAGUAUAACAAAUAGAGCGGUCAAUCGUUUAAAAUUUUUGAAUGAAUUUCAUAAAAUGCAAUAACAUUUUUAGAAUUAAUAGAUUUAUAAAGGCUUUUCUAAGUAUGUGUUAAAGUACACAUGCCUCAGAUGCUUCUGGAGAGUCUCACUUGAGUAGGGUUGUCAUAAUAAACAGUUUUUAAGUCACUGUGUCAAGUUAAACAUAGUUUGAAAAACACGUCUCGAGACACCUGCAUUCAGAACUGCGCUCCAUCCAGCAGUAUUUCAAUGCAAGAAAGCGUCCUCAUCUAGUGGUGUCACGAGUUUGGUUUGACCUCUGUACAGCUGUAUGUUGCCUGCAUAGCUGGAGUUUCACUUACUGCCCCCUGCUGAAUACAGGUUGUACAUCUAGCUUGAAAUGGUAGAACACAGCAAAUAUUUUUGCUUACCCAUUUGUUCCAGCAGCAAAAGAAAAUCCACUAUUGCAUUUCCUCAUCUUUUCACAAGAUGAAAAAUUCGAGAGCAGUGAAUUAUGGCAGUCAGAAGAGAGAAAGUUGCCAAAUUUAAGGUCAAUCCCUCACCUCAGCAGCUCUAUUAGAAACUGUGCUGUGUAAACUUUUCCCCCCAGGGUAAUCUA